AUGGAUCUCUAUCUCACAACAACAACAAGGAUUGACACCACUGGUGGCACGAGAGAAAUCAUGGGCAAAUUGCAUGAGAUCGAGACAAUGCUGAAAGACCAAACAAGCUUGAUCUCAAAUUUUCCAAAGGGAACUGAGUUCUCUCCUUCGGAAAAUUUUAUGGAAUCGCCAUUGCACAAUACAACUGGUGCCAUCGCAGAAAUUUCAUCAAAUACUUUUAUUUCACCCUCUCUGGGAUUUGCAGAUAUUCAACACAAUUCGGAAAUGCACACUCCGCCCUUGUCGAUUCCGCCCGAACAUAAAACAUCUUCAAGCUACCUUUUGAGUCUUCCACAGGUUAAAUCACUUGUUGGAGACUAUCCACCAGAUUUAUUUUUCCGUUUGGAGUCUUCCGAGCAACUACCUUUUGAGACAGAAUGGAGUAACCCACCAGCACCACAGCAGCCAUGGCGGAUUGAUGAGAAUUAUGCCGCAGAAUUGGUCAAUUCCUUUUUCUCAUCUGCACACCAACAUCACCCAUUACUAGAUGAAAAUGAGUUCCGUGGUAUCUACAGCCGCUUUAUCAAGAACGGAGCGGAUUCUAGCAUUGAGUCCGCCUUAUGCAUGGUCGUAUUGGCAAUUGGAGAAGCCGCCAUGACUGAAGCGGAUAUUCCUUCUCUGAAGACAUCGCCACCUGGCAUGCGAUAUAUAAAACAUGCUAUGCCUACUCUUCUCUAUCAAUCAUCUUGGUCAUUCUCAUUCAAUUUAUCAUUACCACAGGCGCUCGUUCUGUCCAGCAUAUAUUACGCGUAUAUUGUUCGCCCGCUUCGAAGUUGGAGGAUGGUGUAUUCGGCUGCAACAAUCAUCCAACUUCAGCUCUCUAGACACGCUUCAUAUCAGAGAACACCUCAAGAAAGAGAAUCUAUCAUCCGGCUUUUCUGGUCCUGUUUUUUGGUCGAAUGUGACCGAAUUGCUGAGCUUGAGCUACCACGGAGUGGACUGCAACAGUUAACCGACACCAUUAGCCUCCCAGCAUGCACGGAUCUCGAUAUAAUUCAAUCAACCAGCUUUCUAGCUGAAAUAUCGGUGCGAAAAUUAUUGAAUCGCAUUCACAACCUGCUUUAUCAAAGCGGUAAAACCCCUUCGGCAUUUUCAUCCACUACACUGACGGUGCGCAAUGACCUUUCUCCCGUCGAUAAUUUGGCUCUACAAUCAUUUUGCGAUGAGCUGCACUCUCAGCUUGAACUUUGGCAUUCGUCUAUACCCGAGGCAGCUCGCCCAAAUCUCGAGCCUAAGUCCAUAGCAACAACCUCGAGUAAUCGCCAAGCCAUUCUACGAAUUAGAUACUUCGCAGCUCGUCAUAUUCUAUACCGACCCUUUCUUCUACAGAUAAUCAGCAAUCCAGGAAGCUUACCUUCAGGUGAAACUAUCGACAAGGCUCGUAUCUGCAUUGAAAGCUGCCGAAGCUAUAUUCACAGCACCACCCCGGUAUUGGCCGGCCCAAGCCAGUACACAUGGACCUUUUCAAUAUCAUCACUGGGUGCCAUUGUUAUUCUAACAUUAGCCUCUAUGAGUCCAAUUCUUCAAGGCUUUGUUGCCGAUAUCGAAGAGUUGCAGGACCAGGCUCUAGGAAAUAUUCGACCAUGGGCAUUUUCGAGUCUGGAGGCGGUGAUCAAUAUCCUGGAUGAGCUGCAAAGGAAGCACAAGCUGCUAUCGCGUAUUUGA